GAUCAAAAGAUGCGUGAAGUAGAUAUCACCACCCGUCUCGUUUCUCAUACAGUGAAUAUGAACGAAGGAGGUUCUAUUAAAUAGAAAAUAUUUUGCAGGCUGUUAUUAUGAAUACAGUAGACAGCAAUGUACCUCGAGGCCCCAAUCUUUGCCUGAACCUGUAUUGCAGAGAGAGGUGAAAGUUGCUGAGAAAGCGCCACCUAUCAUCUGGCGGCGGUAUGUCAGGUCGUGGUAGGAGACACCAGGGGCGGGACAACCCCCUGGAGUUCGUCCAACAGUGGCGGGAACGCUCGCGGCAGGAGCUGGUGACUCUGUCUGACGGACGGAUGGUGACUCAGGAGGAACACCUGCAGUCCCUGGACACGGACAGGAGGGAGGAGCUGGAACAACUACGCAGGGAGGCGGAAUAUCUCAUGUACAUCGGAGGGUUGCCUGAAGAGGACUUUCUACUCCUGAGACAGCAAGGCAUGCUGGGAGACCGGCGGAACACAACCCCAGAAGAUCUAGAAGCCAGAAGGCUGCAACUCAGGACCACCAACCUGCCUGCUGCCAAUCAAUCACCAGGCAAUCACUCAGCAGCCAAUCAGCAUGCACCUAAUCAUCCAGCAGCCAAUCAGCACACACCUGCUCAACCAGCAGCCAAUCAGCACAUAGCCACUCAACCAGCAACUAAUCAGCAUGCAGCUACCCAGCAAGCUCCAGUCAAUAGAAUGCAGUUGAGACCCAGACAGACUACCCAACAGUCAUCCCCGAGGGAGGGCGGCCACAGUAGCGGUCGGGACAGCGGGCGACAACAGAGACUGACGGGACUGAGGGGGGCGGCAGCGCGCAGACGGAACAACCGACCAGCUUCAGCUAGACCCAGCAAUAACACCAGUGAUACAGGUAAUGAUGCGUCAGAGGAAGCAUCCACCAGCAGCACAACCAGCGCCACCGCGGGAACUCGUCGUGGGCGCGGCCGGAGAAGACGGCCCAACUCCGCCACGGUCAGCACCGCCACUCAGUCCGGUCGUACAACCGCACGGGCUCCACGCCGAACAACCGCCUCCGCAAGUCGGCGGUCAAGCUCCCAGCCCAGCCGAGGAGCCGGGUCCGUAAACCGCCCCAGACGCCGCCUCACGGGCCGCCGGCGGGGGAGACCGCGGGAAGGCUCGGGAGCGUCCGCCUUCCAACAGCAGCUGGACAUGCUGGCGUAUCAGCUGUUUCUGCGGUCGUUUCUCGAAGAAGAGGACGCCAUGAACGGCUCGGACUCUGACUCCUCGGACUUUAGCGACUCCUGGGAUGAGGACUAUGACUCAUGGGAAGACUUUUUAGAAGACGAGCUCUCAGAUGAUGAGUCGAGUGACUCUUGGGACGGGUUUCUAGAAGUGAUGGGGAUGUUUUCUCCCCGUGACGCGGAAAUGUGGGGUGAUGUAGAGGUUGAAGAGGAUGAGGCACCGCGUGGACUGACCAAAGACGAGAUCGCCCAGCUACCGAGUCGGAAGUUCACGCGACAGGACGCGCAGCGCCUAGCCAGCGAGGGGAACGAAAACUCCUGUACAAUCUGUAUGGUAGAGUACAAGACGGGAAACAAACUCCGGAGGAUGCCGUGUGCUCACGAGUUCCACUCUAAGUGCGUGGAUAGAUGGUUAAAACAGAACGGUUCGUGCCCGGUGUGCAGGCAACAAGUGGAGAUCAGUGUUAACCCCCAGACUGCCGAGGGCCAGCAAACCAACUGAGAAAUCUUGACAUAAUUGUAGUACCUAGAAACAUAUAAGUGUACAUCUUCUGCAAGUGCUGCAAAGUACAGCAAUGCAGAUGAACACUGGACAUACACGUAUUACCUAAGACUAACUAAAGAUAGAGGACUAAUUUAAUUAAAAAUACAGUAUGUUUUGUCACAGACCAGUUAUCAAUAGAAAAGAGAGUUGAUGAUAGAUACUAUAUCAAGAUAGUACAUUUUUGUGUUCAUAACAGAACUCCACAUAUCCAUCUAUUCUACUGUUACAGGUGAAUUUAAGGUACAGUUAAUAAGCAGUGUAAACUGACCCCUCUAAUGCUAUGAUCACAAUUGGAAAAGUGGCUAUUUUUAUUCACUUUUGAUUGUGACCCCUACGCAGCCCUGUGGGACACCCCACAGCUACCAGACUAUAUUUGGGCAUGGCCAGGCCCCCAGAUUCUUUUAACUGGCAGUUGAAAUUUAUCCAGGAUCCUGUGACAAAUGACACUGUGAUCUAUGAUGAAAACUUAGUUACUUGGGCCCUUCGCCCCGGUUGGAGCAUAGGCCACCGAUGAUAGUCCUCCAUUGUACCCGCCUCUGGGCCUUCUUCCUCAGGUCCUGCUAGUUGUUGCUGAUACUCUUCAUCUCCUCCUCCGUAUCCCUUCUCCAGCUGUUCUUGGGCCUCCCCCUCUUCCUUUUGCCCUGUGGGUUCCAGGUCAGAGCCUGGUGUGUAAUGCUGGAUGUUGGCUUCCGGAGGGUGUGACCUAUCCAGGACCACUUUCUCUUGAGGAAAUUUCUCAUGAUGAAAACAACUGGACACAUUUGUGGCUUCGGAGCCCAACCAAGGCUACACAGCCUCAGGCAUCGAUGCAAAUGUGACCGUAGCAUAAGCAGUGGAGAAUACAGACUGAAAAAAGUUAUUGUGAUGUCAGAUCAACUAGUUGGAUCUAGACUUAGAGUGAUAAGGAUUGGUUUAUAAGUAUUCGUAUGUAAUAUUUUCGGCUACAAAGUGGAAAAUAUUCAGGGUACUAAAACCUUUAUGUUAUUCAUAUUUACAGGCACUAAAAAGAUAUUAUUUCAUACUUGCCGUGUUUUCGAACAGCCACAAGAGGUGUUAUUACUAUGAUAGUAGGUGUCAAUAUAAAUUGUUUCUAUAAUGCAAUGAUGUUGAAUUUUUACACCCUUAAUAUCAUUUUACAAUAUGACAGGGUUGGUUUAACAUACUAUGUAAAGAAAUUUUAUUUGCCUUUAAACAUCAUCUUAACAUUUAGUACCCUUACUGGGGUUAAAGGUUAAGAAAUCAUGCCUGGCUACAGUUCCAAACUGCUAUGUUUAGCUACAUCAGUAUGUUUCUACAAGAUGUAUUGAGAACUUCUGUAGAUGACCAAAAGUUCAGAUGUAACGAACUAGUGCAUGCUUGAAUCAACUGUGGAAAGAAAAAAAGUGAUACGUUUUAAAACUUUGAACAUGUUCCUUUUGUAUGAAGCACUGUAGUACUGGAGCACAGUUUGAAACAGUUUUAUAUCAGUGAUACGUUAUUGCUGCAAUAAUAGUUGUUAGGUACAAGUGCUGCUUUUUAUAAAGGUAGAAACCUUGAUGCCAUC